CGAAUUUGAGAAAUCAAUCAUAACAUGCCCAGCUUCAUCGACUGCAUUAAAAGUGGUCAAAAAACAUAAAUAGCGUCGUGAAAAGUCUUCCACCAAGACUAACGACCACUGGUGGCCGGAUCCUCACGUAGCCAUCGCUGUCCAUCCCUGGGUGAAGUCCUCUGUUGAUUGCCGCUGAAGUUCUCGGCACCCCUGCACAGCUGCGAGGUCGUCGGCAACCUCCAGGCCGGCCAUCAUGCUUGAGAUCUGUGAUGAUUCUUCCUCUGGCCUCCUCCAGGCGACAUAGCUCUUGCGAUGGAAGGUUGCUUCCAGAUCUGCGUAGAAUCUCUUGGGGGUCGGCUACAAUUAGGUUUUACAUGAGUAUUAGGAGUAUGAACAAGCUUCAGGGCAGGUUAUAAACUUUGCAAAAUCCAUGAUUAGUUGCAGCAGAAAUGUGGAAGAAAGUUAUAGAGACGGCGUGGCAGAGGUUUUUGGGAUUGAGCCGUCUAUGUUGGGAGCAAAGUAUCUCGGGCUGCCAUCUCUUAUCGGGAUAAAUAAGAGAGAAAUUCUGGGGUUUAUUAGAGAAAUAGUGGUCACUCGCCUUCGUAGUUGGAACAACAAGUUCCUGUCAAAAGUAGGGCGGGAAGUGCUUCUCAAAUAAGUAAUACAAGCCAUGCCAAUGUAUGCCAUGCAAGUUUUUUUAUUGCCUGCUGAUUUAUGUGCUGAGAUUGAGAGAAUUAUGAACAAAUUUUGGUGGACAGGAGGAUCAGAGAAGGGAAUUCAUUGGCGAGGUUGGGGCGAUCUAUGUAAACCAAAGGCCAAGGGUGGGUUUAGAAGGUUAAGGGAGUUCAAUGUGGCUAUGCUCGCGAAGCAGGCAUGGAGGCUUUUUACGGAACCAAAUACGCUAGUGGCGAGGGUGUACCAAGCCAAAUAUUAUCAGAAAAGAUCCUUCCUUGAGUCUGGUUUGGGAAGCAACCCCUCGUUCAUUUGGAGGAGCAUUUGCGAGGCUAAGGGUGUUAUUUCAGAAGGCUAUCGCUGGAGUGUUGGAAAUGGGCAGUCUAUUAAGGUCUGGACAGACCCUGGCUCUCUGACGUUGAUCCGAGGGUUCAUACGCCUAUGUGGCAAGGGCUUGAGGAGUUGACUGUGGAUGGACUAAUGGCCGUGGGGGGGACUCAAUGGGACUUAGAUGCGGUGUCAGAUAUUUUACAGAAUAGAGAUAUAGACUUGGUGAAAAAUAUCCCUUUGAGCAACCACCAAGUUUCCAAUAAGAUAAUUUGGGCCUGGGAGUCUAGGGGCUGUUUUACUGUCAAAAGUUGUUCCCGAGCUCUGGUUGGCGAAAUAGCUGCAGAGGGCUGGACAGGUUGGACGAAGAUGUGGAGCUUGCACGUACCUCCGAAGAUAAUUUUUUUUUUGGCAACUAUGUGCAGGGCUUUUACCAACGGCUGAAAAUCUUCGAAGGAGGAGGGUAGAAGCCCCCCUAGCAUGUUGCUGGUGUAAUAAUGCGCAGGAAACAACAACUCAUUUGUUCAGUAGUUGCAAACUAGCUAAAAAAGUGUGGGGAAGAUUAGGGUGGGGAGAAAGUUUGAAAGACGGUGACUCAUUUUUGGGGUGGGUUGAGCUCAAUUUCUCGGCCAAAAAUGAGGACAUUUGGAGUACGUUGGUGAUCAAUUGUUGGGCUAUUUGGAGAGCUAGAAAUCUGAAAGUAUGGGAAGGUGUGGAGUCAACAACGGCUGAACAAAUUUGUUGGCGGGCAGACUCUUUCCUUGGGAGCUGGAGGUGUGCACAGCAACAAGAAAAGCAGAGAAAGCUUUUGGAGGAGGGCAGCCUACUGCAGUGGACUAAAAUUAGCACAGAUGCAGCUUGCAGGGCGGGGGGAGGUGGCUGCGGUCUACGGUUGGUGGCACGGGACUGUUUGGGCACCUCUCUGGCAGGAGCGGCAAUCCCUUGGCAGGGCAAUUGCUUACCAAGGGAAGCGGAGGCUUUAAGUAUAAGGGAUGCUCUUAGCUGGGUUCUUUCAAAAGGGUGGAACGACGUUGAAUUUGAGUCUGAUGCUUUGCAAGUCCCCCGUAUAUCUUUUAGUUAUGUUAAGAGGUCUGCGAAUCGAGUUGCACACCGGUUAGCCGGGGCAGCCGUUUCUAUGUUUGAUCGUAGCUUAUGAACUAAUAAUCUGCCUUUAUGUAUUUUGGAUGCUCUCCAUCAUGAUUUAAUUAAUUGUUAACUGCAUUGGCUUAAAAAAAAUUAGGAUAAAAUAAAAAAUUUGAUAGAUUAAAUAAGUAAAUAAAAUGACA